AUGAUAUGUCCGGAGAUAUUAGAUGAAUAUGCAUUAUAUUUAGUAUCUGUAGGUCGUUAUGAUGAGGCAGCAGCCCAAUUAGCUGCAGCAGCAAGCGAUAGUAGUAUACGUAUGGCUAGUGGUAGGACACGUCAUGAAUUAUGGCUAGAAUUAUGUAAACUAGUUGCUGCAUAUCCAGAGUCUAUACACUCCGUAAGAGUUGAGGAUAUAUUAAGAAGUGGUAUAAAUAGAUUCUCUGAUGCUGUUGCUUCCUUAUGGUGCUCUCUUGCCUCUCAUUAUAUAAGAAUAGGUCUAUUACCUAAGGCAAGAGAUAUAUAUGAGGAAAGUUUAUCCUCUGUAUCUACUAUAAGAGAUCUAGCUAUAGUAUAUGAGGCAUAUGCAGCAUUUGAGGAGGCAAUAGUAGCACAAUUACUGCAGCAGCAACAACAGCAGCAACAACAGCAGCAGCAAGAAGAUGCAGCAGCAGCAGCAGCUAAAGAAAUUGAUUUUGCUAUUGCUAGACUUGAACGAUUAACAGAAAGAAGACCUCUUCUUAUUUCUUCCUGUAAACUUCGACAAAAUCCACAUAAUGUUCAUGAAUGGUUAGCUAGGGCAGAAUUAGUACAAGAUGAUACUAAAAAGGUUGUUGAGACAUUUACGGAGGCUGUGGCUACCGUGGACCCACAGAAAGCAUUAGGACGUAUAGGUGUAUUAUGGAUAUCUUUUGCUCGUUUUUAUGAGGCUCAUGGAGAUAUAGAGAAUGCAGCAAAAGUAUUUAAUCGGGGUGUACAGGCAGCAUAUAGGACAGUAGAUGAUUUAUCUUCUGUAUGGUGUGAAUGUAUAGAGAUGCAUCUACGUCAUGGUCUAUAUAAUGAUGCAUUAAGACUUGCUAGGACUGCUGUUAGCCAAUCUAAUAAUAAAAAACAAGAAGAAGGAAAACAAGCACAUAAUAGACUAUAUAGAUCUGUUAAAUUAUGGGCACUUGCUGCAGAUGUGGAAGAAAUGUUUGGGUCUAUGGACACCGUGCGUGCUUGUUAUGAUAAAAUGUUUCAAUUAAAAGUUAUUACGCCACAACUCGUCAUUAAUUAUGCACAUUUCCUUGAGGAGCGUGGAUACUAUGAAGAAUCCUUUCGUGUAUACGAACGAGGUGUAUCCUUAUUUAAUUGGCCACAUGUAAAUAAGGAAACUUAUGGAUUAGCUAAGCAUGCAUUAUCUAUUUAUAGUGCAGCAACAAAAGCUGUAUUACCUGAGGAACAAUUAGAUAUGUAUUGUGUAUAUAUUGCUAGGACUAGUGAACUAUUUGGAGUGGCGAGGACAAGAAAAAUAUUCGAAGAGGCUAUCGAAACCCUCCCGCCCAAGGAUGUAAGAACAGUAUGCAUGCGUUAUGCACAUGUAGAGAAAUGUCUUGGAGAAAUUGAUAGAUCGCGAGCAAUUUAUCAGCAUGCAGCACAUCUUUGUGAUCCAUCAAAAGAUCAAGAAUUCUGGAAUGCGUGGCGUGACUUGGAGGUCGCCUAUGGUAACGAAGAUACAUUCAAGGAUAUGUUGCGUAUUAAGCGCAGUGUAAUAGCUCAAUACAGCCAAGUACACCACAACGUAGCGGAGUUAACAGCAGCAGAAGCAGCAAAGCCAUUGCCUGCUGAUCCUGUUAAGGAAGCAGCAGCACAAUUAGCAAGAGAGGACAGGGAGAGGCAGCAAUUGCUGCAGCAAGAGGAGGCACUACAGGCCCAAUUGCUGCUGCAGCAGAAGCAGCAAACAGAGAUACAAGAAAGAGAGGAAGCAGAGGCAGAGUAUCAAGAAUUGCAGCGUCAUAGAAGACAGGCAGCAACAAGAGCAGCAAUACAACAAGAUGCUCCUCUUUUCUUAUCAUCUAGUACAUUUAAUGGUCCCCGUGCUGGUUACGCCUUCAAGAAAGGACCACAAGGAUUAGGUUAUUACUUAGAUGAGCAACAGGUAGGGGCAGACUUUAUACAGGAGAGGGAGAGGAGCUUCUUAGCAGCAAGCCGCAGCGGCAGCAGCAGCAGCAGCAGCAGCAGCAGCAGCAGCAGCAGCAGUGGUGUAGGGCAGCCUAGACAGCAAGAAGAAAUGGAUAUUGAUUUAGAUGAUAUACAAAUAGAGGAAAAAAAAGUACCAGACUCUGUCUUUGGCUCCUUAAAGAAAAAAUAA